GUAGAAACGACAGCGUCACCACACUGUCAUUUUUGUUUUUCGUUUUCCAUGUAAUGUGCGAUGUAUUCUCUUGCAAUGCACGCGUUAAACUGAAAUUGGUGCGCCGAAACUACCAAUUCUACGUCCUAUUUACCCAUUGGGUUUUAUCAGAUUUUUCAUUCUCCUCUCUUAAUUGCAUAGAGUUUUCUGUAUCAGUUCAGGGAAUUGUGGCUUGAUCAUCAUCGUUCGGAAGUUUCUGUAAUUCCCAGAUUCCAAUUUCUCAAAACCCAUCUUUUUUCAGAUUUGGCUGUGCAAGUAUUAUGGGGUUGGUGAGGUGAUCAUCAUGACCAAGAAACCGGACCCAUAUCCCUUACAUUGUGGAGUGUUGGAGUUUCUUUGACUUGGUGGAAAUUGGAAUGGAAAAGAAAAGAAUAGACAACUAUGAACCAGGGCCACUUCCUUCACCAAAACAGUUGGACCGAUUUGGGUUUGUAAAGCAAGAGCUUAGUAAUUCUCAUGAAGGCUUAACAAAGGGCAGGUCAGCCUAUGAAUUUGAGAGAGAGGAAAGAAGAGUAAGGAAAUGGAGGAAGAUGAUUGGAGUUGGUGGAAGUGAUUGGAAGCAUUAUAUUAGGAGGAAACCUCAUGUGGUCAAGAGACGAAUAAGGAAGGGAAUUCCAGAUUGUUUAAGGGGUCUUGUUUGGCAGUUGAUCACUGGAAGUCGAGACCUUUUGCUGAUGAAUCCUGGGGUUUAUGAGCAAUUAGUCAUAUAUGAGACAUCAGCAGCAGAGCUGGAUAUUAUUCGAGAUAUUUCUCGAACCUUUCCUUCACAUGUUUUCUUCCAGCAGAGACACGGACCUGGUCAGAGGUCCCUCUACAAUGUUUUGAAGGCAUACUCAGUCUUUGAUAGAGAAGUUGGAUAUGUUCAGGGAAUGGGAUUUUUAGCUGGUUUAUUGCUUCUAUAUAUGAGUGAAGAGGAUGCAUUUUGGUUGUUGGUUGCAUUACUGAAAGGAGCCGUCCAUGCUCCAAUGCAAGGCUUAUACCAGGCGGGACUGCCUCUUGUACAGCAAUACCUUUUUCAGUUUGAUCACUUGGUGAAAGAGCAUAUGCCAAAGCUGGGAGAGCAUUUCAUCCAAGAAAUGAUAAAUCCGAGCAUGUAUGCAAGUCAGUGGUUUAUAACUAUUUUCUCUUACUCUUUCCCAUUCAACUUGGCUCUUCGAAUUUGGGAUGUUUUUCUGUAUGAGGGUGUUAAAAUUGUUUUUAGAGUGGGUUUGGCUCUGUUGAAACAUUGCCAUGAUGACUUGGUAAAAUUACCCUUCGAGAAACUCAUACAUGCUUUGCGUAACUUUCCCGAGGAUGCCAUGGAUCCAGAUGCGUUAUUACCCAUGGCUUACUCAUUUAAGGUGUCGAAGCGAUUGGAAGAAUUGAAACAGGCGUAUGACAAGAAGAAUGGGAAGCUAUCUAAAUGACUGCUGCUGCUGCUCUUAGUAUCCAGAGUUGUUUCAAUCAUGGAUGACUCCUCAUUGUUGAUAAUGUCUGUGUCAAAUGUUGAGUUGUAAAUAAAAUCUUAGGGCGACUACACAGGUCAUGUCUGUUCCUAUUACUUAUCAAAUGUAAGACUAUCAUUUUAGUUACCCUUGGAAAAAAAAAAAAAAACUCACUAUUUGGUUCCUUAA